UAUAAAUUUUUAUAAAAAAAAUUUUGUAAUUAAAUUUGUUAUUAUAACUUUUUUUUGGUUACACUAAAGGACUUGAAAAUGAAUUCAGCAAAAUUAUUCAAUACAUUAACUAUUCUUUUUGCAAUAUUUUUUCAACUUUUAUCAGUGACAUUGAGUGCUUCUUUUAAUAGAGCUACUGGCAAAACAAAAGGGAAAUCAUCAGAGGAAAUACCAGCUGAGUUAUACAAGAGUUUGCCAUAUAGAUAUAUUCAGGAUAAAUCAAAAGAAACACCAAAUAAAGUUUACAACGAUAAAUCAAAAGAAACACCAAAUAAAGUUUACAACGUGCCACAUAGAUAUAUUCAAGAUAAAUCAAAAGAAACACCAAAUAAAGUUUACAACGAUGAUAAUUUAGACAGACUAUCAACAGAGGUUAAUUUUGAUUCAGAAGAACCAUUAUAUGAGCGUCAUCAAAUGGACAACAUUUUAGAAAAACAAUCAUUUGAGUUUCACCCUGAUUUUUUUAAUGGUGUAUUCCAAUGCUUGAAAAAAAGACAGAGAGGGUUUAUGCUUUCAGAGUCUGGUGAUAUAAUUGAAGAUGAUAUCCCAAGUUGUGUUGAAUUAGAUAAUGAAGUAUUGGCAAGAAUUUUUGGUUCUGAGUCAUUAGAGGCACAGGAAAAAUUUAAUCGUAGUAUUUCAUCUAACAAUAUUAAAAAGACCUAUACAAAAAUAAAAUAAGUACAUAAUAUUAAUUUUUAUUUUAUUAUACUUUUAAUAAAGUUGAAUGUUUGUGACAAUAUUUUAAUUCAAUUAAUUUUUGAAAUAAACUAUAUUAUAUUAAUAACAAAUA